ACUCUGCCAAUUCUUGUUUUCUAUUCCUCCACUCAUAUCUUCACUGCUUUUCAGUAAAGCAUUAUUUAUAUCCUACACUUUUGAUCUCUCUCUUUACAUCUUUCUUCUUCUCUGAGUUCCAACUGCAAUUACAAUUCUCUCAACUCACACAAUUCAAUUCAAAAGCACCCACAUGAAGAAAUUUAUAUUGAAGUUGGACUUGAAUGAUGAAAAAGACAAGAGAAAGGCUAUGAAGACCGUUGCAGCUCUUUCGGGUAUUGAUUCGAUCACCAUAAAUAUGAAAGAGAAGAACCUAAUAAUAGUUGGAACGGUUGAUCCAAUAAGUGCGGUCAGCAAGCUUCGGAAACUUUGGCCUACGUAUUUAGUUGCCGUUGGGCCCGCUAAAGAGCCUGAAAAGAAAGAGGAGCCUAAGAAAGAAGAAGAGAAGAAAGAGGAGCCCAAAAAAGAAGAAGAAAAGAAAGAGGAAUCAAACAAAGACGAACCAAAAAAGGAAGAAGACAAAAAGGAAGAAGCCCCAAAGGAAGAGACAAACAAAGACGAGUCUAAAACAGAAGAGAAGAAAAGUGCCCCGCAAGAACAAUUUAUAGGAAUGCUUAUGCCCUAUAAACCAUACUAUCCUCCUAUGCAUACCUACUAUAACUAUCAACCACCAUAUCAACAUAGCAUUGAGGAGAACCCUAAUGCAUGUGUUAUUUGUUAAAAUAAUGUGUAAUUGAGGAUAUACUCUUUAAGGGAUUGUCUCCAAGUCUUUAGACAGGUUGUCAAUGUGCAUUAUAUCAAUGCAAUUAUGAGGCAAGGAUAGUCAAGAAAGAAUGAGAAUGCCUAUUUGUAUAUAAGUGAUUAAGUGAUAUAUGCUUUUAUUUUUGAUAAAGCUGUACAACACCUAAUAAAAAAAAAGUCCUACUUAUCAUAAUGUAAUCAUAGAACGUUAUAAAUAGUUUUGGACGUGUUUGUGUAUUC